AUGCUGCGCUGCGCCGCGGUCGCCGGCGCGUCAGUCUCCGGCCCCCGCGCGUCCGGACGCGGCGGGACAUCCUUCCGUGCCUCCGUCGCCCCAACCCGGGUCGCCGGCAGCGCGUCGCUGAGGCGGACGCACGCGCGGUCGGGCGCGGUCAUCACGCGCGCCUCCAUCGAGCAGGCCAUCUCCGACCUCGCCACCGGCGUCGGCCUCCCGUGCACGGUCCAAAACUGCGGUGACAUGAUCUACCGCUCAACCCUCGACCCCGCGCUUCGCAUGGAGGAGAAGGAGAUCAUCACCGGAACCGGCGCGUUCAUCUUAGCCACCCUAGCCUUCUACCUCACCAUCACCCCUGGCGUCCUGGGCGGCUUUGUGGACUACUACAUCCUCCGCCCGCUGCUCGGGCAGAAGAGGUACACCAUCGACGAUUUCGUCGUCGGCGACAAGCUGGGCGAGGGCGGCUUCGGCGUGGUGUACAGGGCCACCGGCGUGGCGGACGGCGAGAAGUACGUGCUGAAGCAGUGCAAGGACUACGGCGAGGCUGAGAUCUGGACCAACUCGCGGCUGCAGAGGGCGUGCCCCAAUGCCAUCGCGUCCUACUGCGGCGCGGCCGGGCAGGAGGAGGAGGAGGACCCGCUCUGGAUCGUGUGGAAGUUUGAGGGAAGCGACACGCUCUUCAAGCUCAUGAACGACAAGGAUUUCCCUUACAACGUCGAGCCUUACCUCUUCAAGUCCGGCGUGGCGAUCGAUGGGGAGCCCAAGGGCAGCAAGCGCAAGGCCAAGAUCAUCUCCACGAUCUUCGGGCAGAUUCUGGAGAACCUGAGCGCGGCGCACGCCACCGGGAUCAUCCUCCGCGACGUCAAGCCCGAGAACAUCAUCUUCGACCCAAUCAAGGGUAAGUUUAAGCUCAUCGACCUGGGCGCGGCGGCGGAUCUCCGCUUCGGGUUCAACUACCAGCCCAAGGAGUUCAUCCUGGAUCCGCGGUUCAGCGGCCCGGAGGAGUACAUCAUGUCCACGCAGACCCCGGAGCCGCCCCCCACGCCGGUGGCGCUCGCCCUCUCCCCGGCGCUCUGGCAGCUCAACCUCCCGGAUAGGUUCGACUCGUAUUCCGCGGGCGUGACGCUGCUGCAGAUGUGCCUGCCCACGCUCCGCAGCGACAACAACCUCAUCGCCUUCAGGAAAAAGCUCGAGGAGAACGGCGAGAGCCUCAGUCAGUGGCGUCAGGAGCUCCCACCGCGGUGGUUCAGCGGUGCGGACGGCGAGGGCUUUGACGUCUUGGACCAGGACGACCGGGCCGGCUGGGAGCUGUGCAAGUCGCUCAUGUUCAAGACGCGCGAGAAGCGCUCGUCCGCGACGGGUGCGCGGUUCUCGCGGUUCAUCCAGGGCAGGAACCCGGUGGUGGGCAUUCUCGACAGCCUCGUCGGCUCCACGCCGGAGGAGAGCGACCAGGAGGACGGCGGACUGCUCGCGUGGCUGGUGUUCCGCGUGGCGCGGUCGGGGACAAACAGGGAGGGCGGCUUCACCGAGGCGCAGCUCUCGAACUUCCGCGAGGAGGGUACCGUGGAGAAGGAGGAGGACGCGUCGAGGUACCUCGGGAUGGUCGCCACGGAGACCUUGGCCAAGUACGGGGUGAACAAGAUGGAUAGGAAAAUGGACGACGAGCCGGCUGGCGCAUCCGCGGAUGAGGACGACGAGGCAGAGGCGGAGGCGCCGACGGCGAGCGCAAAGCCGCAGUUUAAGAACCCUUUCGCCGGGUUCCAGAUGCCGAAGAUAGGCGGCGACAACUGA